UUUUUGAAUCGGGUUGGAGUGCAGCUUAGGAUAUUGGCGAAAGUGCCCACCCCUAUUAGGCAGCGUUCAUCUUUCUCGAUUUUGACUGCUUCGUAUUCUCGCCGGUGAAACUCUCAUUGUUUGCUUUGUUCGAGAUAUACGGAAUAGACUUGUUUUUUUGGGCGUCUGUUGUUCGGGUUCUGAUCAAAAAUUCUCUUCGGAAUAGCAGAAGAAAAGAUGGGUCGAACCAAAGAGAUUCCACCGGCUGUUAGGGUUUAUACAGUCUGCGAUGAGUCAAGAUACUUGGUAGUACGAAAGGUACCGGCUUUAGGCUGUGGUGACGAUCUGAUGAGAUUGUUCGCUACUUACGGAGAGGUUGAAGAAUGUAAACCAAUGGAUGCAGAAGACUGUGAGGAGUUUACUGAUGUCUAUUGGAUCAAGUUCCGUCUCAUCUCUAAUGCUAGAUUUGCAAAGAGGAAGUUGGAUGACUCAGUUUUCUUGGGGAAUCGGCUCCAGAUUUCGUAUGCUCCUGAGUUCGAGACCCUCAGUGACACCAAGGAUAAGUUGGAAACUAGGAGGAAAGAAGUGCUUUCAAGGACAAACCCCCAGAAAGGCAAGGGCAGCGUCUCACAAGUCACAAAACCGGCUUUGACUCAAAGCGAGACGGAUUACCAAUUCCAUAGAAGAAACGCUCCUAUUACUCGAGUUUCAUCUGACCAGGAGUAUUUUGGGUCAUCUUCAAUGAAUCAAACUGUUAAAACUGUGAGGGAGAAACUCAACAAGAUUGAAGAAAGUGGUAAGCAGAAGAGGCCAGAAGCAAGCAGUCAGAAUCUUCAAACAGAACCUGACUUGAAGAGAACCAGAGUCGAUAACCGAAGAAGAAUCUAAAACUGAUCUUGGGAAUGCUAUUUUAGCUAAUCCUGUUUACCUUUAUCUUAAGGGCAAAUCUCCAAAAUAGCACUUUUCUAAGUUUAUGUCACAAAAAUAGCCUUCAAAAAUUAAAAUGACCAAAAUAGCAUUUUUUAUUUUGAAAA